UUGAAGAGGGAGCAUUAUCGUUAUUUUAUUAUUUUAGGUCAAAAUACGAGCACUGCACCGUUCUACAGUUCAACAUUCAACUAUCCGACAUACGACUACUCAUCACCGUUACUACCACGAGUGCCCGGCGGUUCAGCUUCAACAGCUGCCGGUGCGGCAUGUUCGACAAGCACGUCAGGUUCUUCGAGCAGUUCCAACGGAUCUGCUCACUCGACUAUCGCUGCGCGGAGUAAGGCCCGAACCACUGCAUUUUUAGCCGAAGGUCGAGAAUGUGUGAAUUGCGGAGUGCAAGCGACACCGUUAUGGAGGCGGGACGGUACUGGUCAUUAUCUAUGUAAUGCAUGUGGUCUCUAUCAUAAAAUGAACGGUCAGAACAGACCGUUAGUGAAGCCGAAAAAACGUCAGAGUGCGCAGAAGCGAACUGGUGUGGCUUGUGUGAAUUGCAAAACGAAUACGACCACGUUAUGGAGACGAAACGGUGGUGGUGAGCCUGUGUGCAACGCCUGCGGUCUCUACUACAAGUUACAUCAGGUGGAGCGACCGCUAACGAUGAAAAAAGAUGGCAUUCAGACACGAAAUCGAAAAAUGUCCAGCAAGGGCAAGAAGCCAAAGCAGAAUGGUCAUAAUGGAAUCGGCUCCAUUCAUUCGAACAUAGUGCCACCGUAUUUUGCCGGCCAACCGACCUAUCCGACAGGGCUGUUCUUUCAGCAAUAG